GCGGGGCGGGGGGAGUCAGUCCUAAGUUUUAACUCGGAGCCUGUGGGCAGCAAGACACGGUGGGGCUGAUGUAUAGGCUGGGGUGGGAUGGCGCGUCGGUGUCAAAACGUCAAACUGAACGGAGUUGACUGUGUUCGUCCGCUGGGGAACGCGCUGUAGAGAAGGGAAGAAACAGCGGGAAGCUGGGUGAGGCUCGCGGAGCGCUGGGCGCAGGAGGCCAGGCGUGCGGACCGCGAGGGAACGUCAGGGCUGGAGGGGACCGGACGGCAGAGCCGAGAAGAGCCCUGAGAGGAAUCGGCGCGCGGUGCCAGGGUCCCGAGCCUGGAGACGCACAGGGGGUGACCCCCGGCGUCCAGCAGCGAGGACGCCGAGCACCGCCGCAGCAACGGGGCAGUGUCUGGCUGGCACCCGCGCAACAGUGAGGAAGAAAGGCCGCCGCAGGGUCUACACACACCUACAGCUGUCUGCCGCCUUUUGUGCAAAUUCCUAACCGUGCCUGAGGUCCACGCGAGCGGGCAGGCAUGGGGUGUUUGGGCAACAGCAAGACGUCAGAAGACCAGGGCGUCGACGAAAAGGAGCGGCGCGAGGCCAACAAGAAGAUCGAGAAGCAGUUGCAAAAGGAGCGGCUGGCUUACAAAGCGACUCACCGCCUGCUGCUGCUGGGGGCUGGUGAGUCUGGGAAAAGCACUAUCGUCAAACAAAUGAGGAUCCUGCACGUCAACGGAUUUAAUCCAGAAGAGAAAAAACAGAAAAUUCUGGACAUCCGGAAAAACGUUAAGGAUGCUAUUGUGACAAUUGUGUCGGCGAUGAGCACCAUAAUUCCCCCCGUUCCACUGGCCAACCCAGAAAACCAGUUUCGAUCAGACUAUAUCAAGAGCAUUGCCCCCAUCACUGACUUUGAAUAUUCCCAGGAAUUCUUCGAUCAUGUGAAGAAGCUCUGGGAUGAUGAAGGCGUGAAGGCAUGCUUCGAGCGGUCCAACGAGUAUCAGCUCAUCGACUGCGCCCAAUACUUCCUGGAGAGAAUCGACAGUGUCAGCCUGGUGGACUACACACCGACAGACCAGGACCUCCUCAGGUGCAGAGUUCUGACCUCAGGGAUUUUCGAGACCAGAUUCCAAGUGGACAAAGUCAACUUCCACAUGUUUGAUGUCGGAGGCCAGAGGGAUGAGAGAAGAAAAUGGAUCCAAUGCUUCAACGACGUCACUGCUAUCAUCUAUGUGGCCGCUUGCAGCAGCUACAACAUGGUCAUCCGGGAAGACAACAACACCAACCGCCUGCGGGAGUCGCUGGACCUUUUCGAGAGCAUCUGGAACAACAGGUGGUUGCGCACCAUUUCCAUCAUCUUGUUCCUGAACAAACAGGAUAUGCUGGCAGAAAAAGUGCUGGCGGGGAAAUCAAAAAUUGAAGACUAUUUCCCAGAGUACGCAAAUUAUACUGUUCCUGAAGACGCGACGCCGGAUGCGGGAGAAGACCCCAAAGUCACGAGAGCGAAGUUCUUCAUCCGGGACCUGUUCCUGCGUAUCAGCACGGCCACCGGCGACGGCAAGCACUACUGCUACCCUCACUUCACGUGCGCCGUGGACACGGAGAACAUCCGCCGCGUCUUCAACGACUGCAGGGACAUCAUCCAGCGGAUGCACCUCAAGCAGUACGAGCUCCUGUGAGACCCCGCCCCCCGCCCCCGCCCCGCCCCCCCAUCCCAGGCCCGCCAGGCACAACUCAAGGAGUCCAGUUCAUCCGCCCUGGGGCUGUCUGCGGGGCUCUCCUGACCACGGGGCCCCCAGCCACCUCUGUCCCCAUUCCUCCCCCAACCCUGGUCUGUGUAGGGGUGGGGGCCCCCUGACUCGUGGAGAAGUUGGAAGAUGGGGAGACAACACUAGCUCAGGCCUGCUUCCUGAUCCAGUGGGCCCCCGACUCAGGGGAGACCCUGAGCCGCAGUGGGGUUCAGUUCCAUCUCCAGGGAAGGCCAGCUUCAGCCUUGUUGCUGGAGCCCUCUGAUCUUCCACGUGUCGGCAGAAAGCCCCCACUCACUGGGGCCACGUUCCUCCAGUUCACAUGAGUCCCAUCCAUUGUGGUCCCCCAGACUCCACUGCUGUGGCAGCGCCUCCUAUAAUAGGUUCUUCCUGUUGCUGUUUUACUGCUGGUUUAUUACACUGUACAGACCACAAGAUGUAAUAUUAUUUUGAUAACUAACUACUCAAGGAGAAUCCCUAUAGAUCUUCGUGCCUUGACUGUGGCUGUCCCUGUAAAGAAAUGCGUUUCUGUUGUGCUGAACAGUCAUCCUCAUCACUGCACUUGCUUUGAGGAAGAGAACAAAUGGUGUAUGUAGAGCUUAGGGGUUUAUCGGGCUGGUACUCUUUAUAAUACUCAUUGAUCAAUAGAUAUGUGUAUAUACAUUUAUAUAAAUAUUUGUAAGUGACACACAGGAAUCCUCCACCUCUUACAGAAUGCCAUGCCCACAAGCCUCUUUCAGGGAACCAGGGACAUUUUUCUAUCCAGAAAACAUGCUUCUCCAUUAUCUGGCUAUUUACAGACUUUUUCAAGGCCACCUGUUCCCCUAGUCAAAGUUUCUGAACUACUUCCUUGAGCACAGGUCCCAUCAUAAAUAAAUAGCAAGGAAAAGACAAGGGUUUCAGGCUGUGUCUGGCCUGUGGGGAGUCAAAGGACAGACUCUGAUUUGCCUUUUGAAGAAGAAACACGACAAAACCUUUAUUUGAAACACAAAUACAGCUGUUCCUCAACCCUGAAAGAUCCGCAAAUGCAGCCUGUGAGCUCCAUCCAGCACAAGACCUCAAAAGCCAGCCUCGUCUGCCCACCGCCCCAAGGCUGGUGCUCUCAGGUCAAGGAUAACCUGUUAAACUGUCUGGGGUCAUAUCUCAACAACAUGGAUGCCGACAUUAACUUCCAUUUCGUCUUUAUGGUCUUUAAUGUUUUAAAGUUUACUCUCUAAAGCAGCAUCUUACAAUCUUUUGUAAACUCAUCCACAUUUACACACUAGUUUUCCAUGAAAUAAAGGAUGACAGCUUUACAGACAGUGCACCAUCACAUAUUUUGAAUCAUUAUCACUGAAUUUGGGCUCCUCCCAUCCUUGAUUGUUCCAUUAAACUCUCAGAUGAACUGAGACUUAUAAAGGGGAAACAAUCUUCAGUUUUCCAUUGCAUUUUCACAGUACAACAUGAAGAGAAUCUGAAGAGCUACAGUCCCAAUGUAUACCCAAAAGAAUGAAACUGUAUUUUUAUGAGUUAUAAUUCAACAAUUCCCCUGUAACUCAACUUCCUAUUUAGACAAGUCUGAUUGAAGAGCUAGAUUCUCUCAAACACACACACACACACACACACAGAUUUUAUGAGGCUUAAACCUACCACGGCAUAUUUAUUUUUAAAUACCAAAAGCCUCUUCCUGGUCCAUUUUUUCGAGUUUGUUUUUUGAUCACUGACAGGCAUUCAAUCAGAUUUAACAACUUGGAGAGGAAAUUACACUCAUCUAAAAAUCUGAUUCCAUUAAUUUAGCACAGAAAUAAAGAAGUCUGUGAGAACAAUA